AUGUCAUGCGUGCACUGCUUGCAUGUAUUUGUUUUUGUUACGAAUGGAUUUCUUUUCGCAUGCACCAGGUGCAUGACUUCAUUUUCAAAAAAUGGUAAUAAGUUCGAAUUCUCAACAUCAGGAGGAAGAAGAGACGGAAGAACCAAAUGGACAAAUCUCGAUUUUUCCUGUUUAUUUAGUUUCAUCCGGAUCAACUACGACGAAUGUAGAACGAAAAACACCACAAGAAUCUACUUCCGACAACGGCCUGUACAGGUAAGAUACCGGAAAAUUCGUUUCCCUGGGGAGAGCGAAAUUUGAUGUUUUAUGUGCUUGUUUCUACCGAGAAACUUCAACCAAUAUUAACCAUUUUACAGUUUUUACCUUUUACCUUUGACACGAGCAGAGUUUAGCAGAAUUGUUAUAUCGGAUCAUUAUACCACUUGAUUGCACAGAAAACUUUAGGUGAGUUCAGAACUUCACCACUGUAACACCAAUUGUAUUUUCAUGACCCAGGAGAUAGGUUUCGCAUUGCCAGACACUAAUAUCAGUAGAAUUGUACGAGCACAGGUUUCAUCAUCACCGUCCACUAUAUACACAAAAUGAACUCGUCGAUAUCACAUGGCGCAUUGCAGCCAUGAGCUCAUGGGUAAAAAAGUAGCAGCAACUACGGCAGACAAGAGUUGACAAGAACUUCUACUACAUCGAAAAUUAUGUAAAUGGUGCGAUGGAGAAUGAAAAGAAAAUACGACGACAACUUACAUACUCGUAGGGGCAAUGGAACAGGAAGCUUUGAUAGUACUUGUGAACUACACAACUCUUAAAUCGAAUAAUAAAUGCAUCUGUACAUUAUCGGAAAGGAUGAACUUACGACUCAAUAUCUUCGCAAAAAUCAUCGGCAGAAGAUGUAGCCCGAGAUCCUCCGCACAGGAGCUGGUGCUGGUCUAGAAGUUGCCUGCUUCCAUACAGCAGGGCAAAACCAAAGAGCACGCGUGCGUCUUUUUGUCUUUGUUGAG